AUGGCCUCUUCCGACAAGCUGGACCAGCCAAUCGCCCUACGGCAAAUGUCCCAUCAGAGUUACAUCACGCGCCAGAAAGAGGAUUGGGCUGGUGUCACAGAUUCAAAGGAGAGGAGAAGAUUACAGAACAGAUUGAACCAGAGGGCCUGGCGCAAAAGGAACUUGAAGCAGGGUGCCAAGGAACGGUCCACUGAAGGGGCCACCGAUGUGGGAGAAAGAGCAAUGAAUGAGCAACUCACUACGACUACUGUGCGUCAAAGACGCGCUCUUCUGAAAGAUUUUGCUUUGGAUGCCCUGCACAGUUAUGUGACAAACCAGCCCAAUACGGAUCAGCUCAUGAGAGUGAUCCAAUUGAAUACAAUUAAUGCUAUGACAUCGAACGCCACAGCCCUUAAACUACCAGUCGAUUGGCUCAUCUGCCAUUCUAUCUCGCCAUUUGGGUUCACAGGGCCGACAAGAUCCACAGAUCUUGUAACUCCCUCCGGCCCCCCGUCGUUGGUUCCGACAGACCUCCAGCUGAGAACCCCACAUCACCCUUGGAUCGAUCUGUUCCCCCUGGCUAGGAUGCGAGAUAAUCUACUGGUGGUAACACAUGUAUUUCAAAUCUUGACCGAAGACGACGAAGAACAACUGUGGGCCGACCUUGUGGAAUGGGGAGGUAACGGUACGGAGGGUGCUGGCUUAAUUGUUUGGGGCGAACCAUCAGAUCCUCGUAACUGGGAAGCAACAGUACCUUUCCUUAAAAGAUGGGGGUGGCUUUUGCAAGGUUGCAGCGAAAUUCUGGAAGCGACAAAUUACUGGCGACACAGUAGAGGUGAGGGACGCCUUCGCUUUUAG